AGCCGAGCGUUUGGGGAGCAGCCUGUGGGAAGGAGAGCAGCUGGCAGGCCCACCCACCCCCUCACCCCCACCCCGGCAACACUCCUGCUGCGCUUCCCAGCGCUUCCAGGAGAGCAACGCUUCCAACCACAACAGGAGGCCUCCUCCUCCUCCUUCUCAACAGGUAGGCACCUCUGGUUCUGAAUCCUGGAGAUGGCAACACCCAAGGUAGCAGUGGUUGGAGCGGGACUCGUCGGCCUGUCCACGGCACUGUGCAUCAUGGAGACUUGCCCCAGCUGCUCCGUGACGAUCCUUUCAGACCAGUUUAGCCCCAAUACGACGAGUGACGUUGCAGCUGGGAUGCUCAUCCCUCACACCUACCCAGACUCACCAAUCAACGUGCAGAAGCAAUGGUUCAAAGACACCUUCACUUACCUUUUUGCCAUCAGUAACUCAGCCGAGGCGUCAGAGGCUGGCAUUCAACUGGUCUCUGGGUGGCAGAUCUUUAAAAACACUCCCAAGGAAGAGUUACCUUUCUGGUCAGAUGUCGUCCUGGGAUUCCGACCAAUGUCUGAAGCAGAACUCCAGAAGUUUCCGCAGCACCGUUUUGGUCAGGCCUUUACAACACUGAAAUGUGACUGCCCCCCCUACCUGCUGUGGCUGGAGAAAAGGUUGAAAGCAACUGGCGUCCAGAUGUACACCAGGAAAGUUCUGGACUUGUGGGAGCUUCACAGUGAAUAUAACAUUGUCGUCAACUGCGCAGGCAUUGGAGCCCACCAGCUGGUGGGGGAUGAGAAGCUCUUCCCUGUCAGGGGACAAGUGCUCAAAGUUAAUGCUCCUUGGGUGAAACACUUCAUCCGGGAUGGUGAUGGCUUAACUUACAUCUACCCAGGGAUAAACAGGGUAACCCUCGGGGGAACCAGGGAAAAGGAGAGAUGGAGUCUUGACCCUGACCCUAGCACUACCAAAGACAUCUUUGACAGAUGCUGCUUGCUUGAGCCCUCACUGCAGGGAGCUCAGGAUAUCAAAGUGAAGGUGGGUCUGAGGCCAUCCAGGGAGAGUGUGAGACUGCAGAGAGAGAUCUUGAGCCAAGGAGGAGUUAAGCUCCCAGUGGUCCACAACUAUGGGCAUGGGGCAGGUGGCUUUGCGAUGCACAGGGGCACAGCCAAAGAGGCUGCCCGCUUAGUGAGAGAAUGCAUCGCUGCCCUGCAAGACUCCUCAUCGAGGGCCAAGCUUUGAAUCCCAGAGGUUCCUUUUCCAUGUACAACAGGCUAGUAUUGCAUCUCCUAGGAGCAGCUUUGGACUUUUGUUCCAUUACUGAAUAGAAGAGACCUAAGACAACAGCUUGUGCCAUUGCAGAUGCUUGGUAGUAUUUCAUCUGUCUCCCAGAUGCCAACUUGGAAAGAUAUGAUAGGUUUAUCCAAGGAUUAGUUCAUUUGUCCUUCUCAUCCAUCUGGCAUUGUUCCUGCCCUGGGCAUAUCUCUGAGCCUCAUGUUAAGGAAAAGGCAAGGUAUGUAAAUAUUCUUCACAUAACAGGGAUCAGAUUACAGAAUCACAGUCAAAAUGGUAGGGGUUGGAAAGGACCUCUAGUGAUCAUCUAAAUAACAUCAACUUAGCUUUUCUUCAUCUGCAUCUAAAGGGUAUUGGAUGUACUAGGUUCAGAUCCAGUGAAAACUAGUUACCUUCUACCAAAUCUGACCUCAUAUUGCCCUUGCUCCUGCCAUUUUCCAAUUAAUUUAAGGAAAAUGAAAACCCAUGUAGUGCUACAUUACAGUACUCCAGGUCAACACUCACAGAAAGCACUGUUAGGUCACUGCCAUGCACAGUGCCCAGGCAAGUGUGAUUUUAAGAUCAGCUCUGUGACAUUGAUUACUGCAUUUGCUCAUAUUACACCUCAGGGACCUUAAUGCAAUGUUUCUGAGAGAAAGUUGCCCCAUAGGAGAUACAGUUUUGUUCAACUUUUCUCACGCUUUUUUGCAAAUAUCUUUGUUCUUUUUUUUCUCUGAGCCCCUCAGUUUUUGCUCUCACACAGAAAUUAUUCCCCCCACCCCAAUAGCAGCAUUGGUAUAUCUCAAGUUCUAUAGGAGAGGAUUUUGCACAGUGGGUGCAUCUCUCUGCUACUUUGCAUCAGCACCAUCUGCUUUCCUUGCAACAGCUGAUGUGAAUAAAUUGGCAACAAACCAACAAGGAUCUUAACACCAACUUCAGUUUCAUAAAGGAGAGAAGAGCCAUUAAAGACUAGGUAAACACCCUAAAGACAAAUUUGUCUAUAACUGGACAUGAGUGAGCUCCUCUGCCAUAGGGAAGCUGAGCCCCUGGAGCCCAGAUCCUCACUCCAUGGCAGGUGAUGAGCUGGGCUUUACACUCCAUAGUUCAAGCCCUUUGAUGUGGCUGAAGAUAAUUGCACCCCAAAAUUGGGACUUACCAUCAAAGUAUAAGUCUGAGUCGUAGUGAUUAAGCCGCUCAUUAGAUCUUAAAUGGCUCACUCAAGAGUGUUAGCAUCUGCUUUUCUUAUUUUUUUAGUCCUUUCGGUUACAAAACAAAUGAAAAUCCUUCAAGAAUUCUCGUGGUUAAAAAGCACCAAUAAAUGAUGUUCUAAUAAUGAUGCAAA